AUGAUUUUAUUUUUAGAUCCUAAAUUAUUAUAGUCAUGAAGAAUGCUUCGAAGCUGUCUGUGUAUCUCGUUCAAUUAAAAAAAGGGAGUGAAGUAUUGGGUUCAUGCAAUGUUUUGAAUUCAAAGCAUAGAUCAUUUCACUGUACUUGUAUUAAGUAUAAUACAACUGACAAAGGACCUAAUAUUUCAAGUACAUAUAAAAAUGCUCAUAAUGAUAAGAACAUAAAUAAAAUGAAUGUAGCUGUUGCUGACCAAUCUUUUAUUAAAGAUGUUGUCUUUGAUUCACCAUCAGAGCAGCCAUUUUAUUAUCGACCUGCUGCAAGCACCAUAGAUUACAACGUUGUGUAUACAAAAAACACUUUUAUAUCAGCUUCACGAGCUUUAAGCGACUACUUGUUAACUCCUGAGGAUUUAGAAGGAAUGAGAAAAACGUUUGUUCGUACUGCUUACAAUGACAGUAAUGAACCCCCAGAUUAUUGUUAUUUGAAACUAGAUGUCGAGAAAAGAGCCCUGGAAAGAUGGGGUAGUAUGGAAGCUUUACGGAGAGAAUGCGGACGAAGAAGAGAAGCAUUGGAGGCUGGUGAAAGGUAUAGAAAAGGUUUAAGUUCCUUAAUUGGACAUCUAAAAAAGACUGUUAAGGAUCAAACAAAAAAAGAAGAGGAAAAUAAACUUUUUGGUUCUCGCGCGCAACGAGAGCUAAUGGUUAAAGGAUCUGCUAAAGUUGUACUUUAUGCUAUUGCUUCAAACUUGACUGUUACGUUUAUUAAAUUUGGUGCAUAUUUUUACACUGGCUCAGCAUCAAUGCUGUCAGAAGCAAUUCAUUCAUUGGCUGAUGCGGCAAAUCAAAUGUUGCUAGGUGUUGGCAUUUGGCAAUCGAUUAAGAAACCAUCUCCAGACCAUCCUUAUGGUUGGUCCAAGUCUCGAUAUAUCUACUCCCUUAUUAGUGGUUGUGGAAUAUUUUUUCUGGGAUGUGGAUUUUCUGUGUACCAUGGUAUAUCUGAACUUUUUACACCAACAAACUUGGAAUCAUUAUACACUGCUUAUGGUGUAUUAGGUAUCUCUUUUGCAGUUGAAAGCUUGACCAUGGGACUAGCAUUGAAACAAGUUAUUAAAAGUGCUAAUGAAAGUGGAGUUUCCCUUAGUGAGUAUGUUACAAGAGGACGUGACCCUAAUGCAGUAGCAGUGUUAUUAGAAGAUAGUGCUGCACUGAUUGGAAUUAUUAUUGCCGCAACUUCAAUCGGAUUGACAAAUUAUACUGGAAAUGCAAUUUUUGAUGCUGUAGGAUCUAUUUCGAUAGGAGCUCUUUUAGGAAUUGUUGCAGUGUUCUUAAUACAAAGAAAUGCUGACUCGUUAGUAGGACGAUCAAUUCAUCCUGAUCGAUUGAGGCAAAUCAUUAAUGUUUUGGAAAAUGACAUUAUGAUUCGAUCUCUUCAUGAUGUAAAAGCAACAGACAUGGGGGCAGAUACAGUACGAUUUAAAGCUGAAGUCAAUUUUGAUGGGAGAGAACUUACUCGUGUCCAUUUAAAUCGCUUAGACAUGGAUGUUGUGUUACAAGAAAUGAGAAAAAUUAAUACACCAGAACAUGUUGAACAGUUUAUGUUAGAACAUGGGGAGCAAAUUAUUGAUGUUCUUGGCUCUCAAGUUGAUCGAAUAGAACGAAAUUUAAAAAAACAUUCACCUGAAGUAAGACAUGUUGAUUUGGAGAUAUUGUAGCCAUAUUACUCAAUUUGAAAUAGUAAUGUUUUUUGUUGCACAGUGUUUUUGUUGACGUAGAUUAUUUUAAAUCAAUUUAAGUCCUUGUUUUCUCUAAAAAAAUUUAAAAAAUUAACAGACCCUCUUUCAAUAAACAAACUGUUUUUUUGUCUCAAGAAUAAGUCAGUCCACAUUACCAAUAUUGAUGUCUUUAAUAGUCUUUUUACUAGAGGCAAACAAUAAAAAAUGAUUGUGGAACUGUAAGCCACAUUUUCCUUGAUUUUUUUUAUUAAAGGGAAACUAAGGUCAAAAAAAAAUGUUGUUAAAAAAAAAUUAAGAACGUUGUAUAACAUCUAAAUAAACCAUUGAAAAAAAAUUAACUCUUAAUUUUCAUUAUUUAGGCUGUUUUAGCCCAUUAAAGUUCUAAGGUUUUCUGAAAUUAACCGUGUACUCCAUUCACGGUUCCUCGUGAACCAUACAGAAUUAUGACGUAUGAGCCGCGAGACUCAAAAUCACUUAGACAUGGAUAGCAGCGAAGAAAGUAGUUGUGCUAGUGAACAUAGCGAAGUAUAUAGUUCUGAAACAGAUACAAGUAUUUGCAAAGGGUGUUAUGAUAACGAACCUGAAUAUACUGAAAGUCAGUUGAAAAACAUUUGUUCAUCAAAAACUGCGAAUGAUAUUUCAGACGACGACGAAGAUGAGGAUUUAGACUCAAGCAGGUUAGAAAACUUACAUUGGUGUAAGUGUAAAAAAUGUGAUAUACACGAGUUAAUGACUGUUGAAGAAUGCAAGUGUUGUUUGGAGUUUACAACUUUACUGGGAGAAAAGCUGGAAGAGAAUACAUGUAUUACCUUGCAUAAAGAUUUUAAUAUUCUUUGUUUAAAUCGCACCGUAUUAGAGACAGCAAGCAUUAGACAUCGCAGAUAUCAAAAUAAUUUCAAGGAUAUAAAAUCUUUUCAAAACAA